UCAUUUGACAAGCAAAGUAGUGGCAUCGAUUUCACUUCAUUACUUCGCUAUCUUAUCGUAACUUAUUAUUAUUAGAAACCCAUAUCAUCCAGUUGCGCAACGCAUUAGGCUAUGUAAGUAAUGCGUGUCUUACUGAGACCGAUAGUUAUAGUUAGGAAGGCGCUGCAGGCGAACAGAGCCGUGCAGUUCAAGCAUCCAUUCACAACAGCGUUAGUGUGGAGAGCCAUGGAGGAUAAAGAAUCGCUGAAGAAGAGAUUGACGCCGCUGCAGUAUCAUGUUACACAGGAAGCUGGGACCGAAAGACCUUUUACAGGAUGUUACAACAAAUUCUAUGAAGAAGGCAUGUACUGUUGUGUAGUCUGUAGGCAAGAUCUAUUUACCUCUAAGAAUAAAUAUGACUCCGGGUGUGGCUGGCCAGCAUUCAAUGAUGUUCUAGCUAAAGAGAAAGUUACCUUACACCAAGACACCAGUGCAGUCGGGGCGAAUAUAUUACUAGUUUUAACACGGCCAGGUUUGGUGCGAACUGAGGUGCGAUGCUCCAAGUGCUCCGCUCACCUGGGACACGUGUUCGAUGACGGGCCAGUGCCCACGCGAAAACGUUUUUGCAUUAAUUCUGCCUCAUUGGACUUCAUCCCUGCAGAAGAGAGGAAAGAUUAACGUGUUGUGGUGUCCUAAAUAAUAGACUUUGGGCUUAUUUUCUGUGUAAAUGAUAUUAUAUAAAGAUGCUUUAAUUGCAGAAAUACUGAUUAGAUUUAAAGCUAAAACUGAAUGUAGCUGAUACAUAAUAUUUCAAUUCAACAUUUAAAUUUCUUUUCAACUAGUUAUUGAUGGAUUCACGACUUCAUGUACACGAUAAAUAAAGAAGAAAUGCAAGUAGCAAUUACAUUGAUUAGAAUAAUAUACAAAUUGUAUUUUUAUACGAUACAUGCUACUAGAGAUUCACUAAGAUUGAUUAUGUAAUCUUCACAUUCAGUUAAAUAUUUGGUUCGGAUCUAACAGAGGUCGCUACUAAUACUUUUAGUUACCAUGUCGAGUCAUUGUUAUUUAGUGCAUGUCUUCAAACAAUUUUUCACUACAAUACUGCUACCAAA